CACCUACAACCUUCGCUCGCGCUCUAUGACUCUUCUGCUCGUCGCUGGCGCAGUCGGCCUGUGGCCCUUUGACGACGAGCUCUCCUACUGCCGCGGCGGCUCCUUGCCACCGCACCAAGCUUCGCUGUGGCACGACGGCUUCCCCUCAGCGACGACGCCGGCAGCCCUCUGCGAAGGCAGCGUUGUAGAGCAAAACGAUGGAACCAUCUGCAUCGACGGGCGGCUCACCUACGCCCAAAUCGCGGAGGCACUUGGGCGGCCGACGUUUGCGCCGGCGGCAUCCAGCAUCUCCAUUAAUGGGCACCUCACGGGCGGCUCAGCAAAUUUUGUCUUUGGUGCUGAGGCGGCAUUCCUCUACGACUUUGUCAAGAAUUUUCGCGUUGAUGGCAUCAAAUACGACGCCGGCCCUGACCUGACCAACAAGCUCCUCGCCGCAUCGUCGGGCCAGAUUGACGGGGUCUGCCUCAAGCCCGACUUUGCUAUGCCGCGACCUGCCUUCUACAGCAUCUCAUCUCAGUGGCUUCCCGCCUCCGCACCCUUGCCAGAGGACGCACUCACGGGGGCGUCCCUCGCCUUCUUCUCGCUUCACUCGGUCGUCGUGGAGCGCCACACGCAAAGCGAAACCGACGGCACAUCGUGGGGUGCGUCUCUCGGCAUGCGCCUCUUCAACGCCGUAGCCGGCAUUCCUCUCCCGUCCUUCGUCGUGAGUGCGGUCCCCGGCUUCCUCUCCCUGACUGGGCUGCUCCGCCUCGCGAUGAUUGGCGGCACCUUCUCUCUCGACAGCGCGCCUCAACCGCUCCUCGCCCCGGGCCUCGCCAUCGAGAAUGUGCAAAUCGACACCGAGUGGUCGACUUUCGUUGCAGCCGUGCAGGGCGGGCUCUUCCGCGACGCCGCCGCCCUGCCGCUCUCGUUUGGGGUGGUUGUGAAGAAGAUCGUACCAGCCGCCAACGCCACGGGCUGCUGGAGCGUGCCCACCGCCGCAAUCGACAUCCAAGCACCCGUGGGCGAAGGGCCGAACUUAGACGAGUACACAGACGCAGUGGUCUGGCCCCGCCUGGCCGCCAUCGGCUCGGUCGGCCUCCACUUUGGCAAGAGACUCCCGGCGGGGUCGAGGCUUCUGCGAUCGGCCCUGGACAAGUACAGCAGCUGCGGCGCCAAGACGGGCCUCUCCAUCAACCCGGCGGCAUGCUACCACCCAAUGUGCGAGCGUGCCGAGGCGGCGACCGAGUUUGUCUACCCGUCGAGCUACUAUGCCGCGUAGCACCCCAGUACCGCAAGCUGUGCACGCAAGAACGUCGGCCACGGCGGUGCCCCCGUCUCACGGCUGCCUUUGCCUCUCUGCGCAUGGCCCGUACGCGGGUAGUGUACUGUACAAGCAUAUGUGUAUAGAGCUCGUCGGGACGCCGAACGAACACACAGCACCCACUCAGUCGUCAGUGGGCAGAGGGCCGCGGUGGCGAACUGGCACUUGAGAGCAGCUGCUCGUGAUACUCGAGCGUCAGCCAUGGGACCGCCGACUCUUGUGGGAGCCUCAACACCGAUGCGUGCUGAGAGAGAGUCCUCUCAUCAGUACUCACAGAGUCAGACCAGCAUGGCCCCGCCCCCAUAAUGUGCCUCACAGUGCGGGCGUGCAGCUUCGAAACGCAAUGCAAGAUUCAUUUCGGUCGGACGCCAACUUGGGGUCCCCCAGGGUAUAGAAAAAAGAAAAA